UAUUUCAUUAACAAAGCAUUUAUUCAUUUCAUCAUUAUAAUGCACGUGCGCGUAAGUGAGUAAUACGUUUAACUAAUGAUUAAAGGCAAGCUUAAAGGAAGAAGUUUCAGAUGUCAUGCUUAUCUUCGACACUUAUGCCUUUGUUUAUGUCAAACAACAGGAUUGCAUGGAAAAUGCUCUUUGUUAUUGUUUGUCUGGCCUCGUUUUUGAAUUUUCUCGAUAAUGGACAGUGGUCGUUGUUACUGUUUUCUUUAACAAGUAAACUCACACGGUGCUUAAAAAUGUAUGUAAGUAUUACGUACAAAUUUUAAUUUUUUACAAAAGCUAGAAUUUUAUAAAUAUCAUCUUUAGGAUUACCGCAUGAUAAGCUGGGCAGCUUAUUAUUAGUAAAAAUGAUUAGGCUCGUGAAAAUUUCAAAUAGACAGGUAGGUAUUUGAUACCUAGCUAGAUAUAUUGAGUGGAUUGGGUAUACUGGCACAUAAUGUUAAAAUAUUUAUAUUGAUCUGACUAAGAUAUCGAAUUCGGUUGCGGCCAAAAGGGAACAGAUUAUACUUUUCUGCUUCAUUAAUUUUGUUAAUUUUCUACAGAGCGAUGAUUAGAAAUAACAUAGGAAAAGAUUGAUGGUCUUAUAUUGUAUAGGUAGGUAAAUCUACAAUAAAUGAAAAUUAUGUGUAAAAAAAAAGGGAAAGUGCCAUGUGUGCACAAUCAAACCAAAAUCAUAAAACUUAAUUUUUGAAAAAAAAGCUCACAAAAUUAGUUAAAUUUUUCACAUUUUAAUUUUUUUUUAUGUUUAUUAGAUGAAACUUAAUCAAUUAAAUUAAGCUCUGCCGAUUUUAAAUUGUUGUGUUUUUCUGGAGGGGAAAGGAGUUGGAAAGUUGAAGAUAACGAUAAACUGCUUUGAAAAUUUUUUUGUAUGAUCGAAUUUUCCUCAAAAAAAAUGUUGGGGUAAGGCCACUUUCGGAUCACUAAAAUAGAUCAAAUAUACUUAAUCGAAACCGAAAACGUAUGCAUCUAGAAUAUAAGUAAGGUAGCAUGUACCUACCCACUCAAUAAUGCCUACUUAUACAUACCUAUGUUUUAAUUUGAUUUGAAACAAAGAUUAGGUACAUCCUCAAAUCAAAACAACAGGCACUUUCAUACUUUCAGUUUCGAUAAACACUACUAAAAAUUCAAUUUAUUAUUUAAAAGGGCUGAGGUUCUCAACUUCACUCACACUGCACUUCGCAUUUACUGGAAGUUUUAUUUCACGUGUUAACAAAGCUCAAUUUUACAUCAAAACUUGAUGCGUGCUUUAAGAAAAUAAACGAAAAGAACUAAAAGUAGGUACCUAAGAAAAAAGUUGAAGAAACCGAUAUGAAAUAUUUAUGAUUCUAAAACAAUCAUUCGCGCCAAAAAAUAAAUUACAUAUUAAAAUUAAAAAAUUUUCACUCUAAAGGAGGGAUUUAAAGUGACUUGGCGAUGGUAGUCGAAAACUUCCGAGAAGGCGGGACGACGUACGUCCUUAUAGCUUGCUUCUGCGACUUCUUUGGAGAUACGCACACAAAAACUCACCCCCGUCUUAUAUUAACACAUACAAAUGAAUGUACAUGGAUAUAGGAAAAUAUACGAGUAUAUGUGUUUUGAAAGGUGCAAUUUCUUGGAUUUUCCUCGUGAUCGAGUAUUUCAGCUCGAAUUGUUUCACGAGCUGAUAAUGUAUCACCCUAUCGUUCAAACGUAAUUUUUUAUUAAAUAAAUAAUAUAAUUGAUAAACGGGGUUGAUUUUUAUAUUUUACGCGGUGUAAGAUGAUUGUACGCGCGGCAAAAAAACUCACCAUGUGCAUAGAAACGGUGUAAACUAUCGAUGAUUAAUUAAUCGUGGUUUUUGAUUUGUUGCCAGUCUCGUCGAUUAAAUCACAGCAGAAAAACAAAGACCAAUUAUGUCGGACGAAGGUAUAGAGAGUGAAAUUGAAAAAGGCGCAGCAACAUCGGAACUGGAAGAAGAUGUUUGUAAUGAGAUGAUGGUAAUCGUAACGACAAAAAGAUCCAGUAAUACUUCGGACGAUGAAGAAAUACCCAGAGAAACGUGGUCGAAAAAAGUGGAAUUUCUUCUAGCCGUCAUAGGAUUUGCUGUAGAUUUAGGAAAUGUUUGGAGAUUUCCUUAUAUUUGUUACCAAAAUGGAGGUGGGGCUUUUUUAAUACCAUGGUCUCUGAUGUUCCUGUUCGGUGGAUUACCUUUAUUUUAUAUGGAAUUAGCUUUAGGACAGUUUCAUAGGUGUGGGUGUUUAACGUUAUGGAAGCAUAUUUGUCCAGCAUUAAAGGGAGUGGGAUAUGCAAUAUGCCUGUUAGAUGUAUACAUGGGUAUGUAUUACAACACGGUGAUCGGUUGGGCGGUAUACUACCUGUUUGCCAGCAUGAGAUCCGAAUUACCAUGGACGACGUGUCUGAAUAGUUGGAAUACGCCAUUUUGUUCGCCGGUCACUGCGAAUUUUACCGAUUUCAAUACAACCAGUCCUGCUAAAGAAUUUUUCGAGCGAAGUGUUUUAGAAAGGUACAAAUCAGACGGUCUUGACAGAAUCGGUCCUAUAAAAUGGUCUAUGGCGUUGUGCGUAUUCACCGUAUUUUUGCUAGUGUACUUUUCUUUAUGGAAAGGCGUCAAGAGCGCUGGAAAAGCUGUAUGGAUUACUGCGUUGGCUCCGUAUUUUGUUCUGUUUAUACUCUUAAUUCGAGGUAUAUCGUUACCAGGGGCAGGCGAAGGCAUCAAAUAUUACUUGACACCAGAAUGGCAUAAAUUGGCUAAUUCAAAAGUGUGGAUCGAUGCUGCAUCUCAAAUUUUCUUCUCUCUUGGUCCUGGUUUUGGUACUUUACUAGCGCUGUCAAGUUACAAUAAAUUUAAUAACAACUGCUACAGAGACGCUAUAAUAACCAGCAGUAUAAACUGUUUGACGAGUUUUCUAGCUGGUUUCGUUAUAUUUUCCGUGCUCGGAUACAUGGCUCAUGUGCAGAAAAAAAGUGUUGCCGAUGUAGGACUAGAAGGUCCCGGAUUGGUUUUCAUAGUGUAUCCGGAGGCGAUAGCGAUGAUGACUGGAUCGGUGUUUUGGGCGAUAAUAUUUUUUUUGAUGUUGAUUACAUUAGGUUUAGAUAGCACAUUUGGUGGCUUAGAAGCAAUGGUAACGGCGCUUUGCGACGAAUAUCCGAGGCUUUUGAGAAGACACCGAGAGAUUUUCGUAGCUGUUCUACUGCUCGGCGUUUACAUAUGUGCUUUACCUACGACCACAUACGGAGGCUAUUAUUUGGUGAAUCUCUUGAAUAUUUUCGGACCCGGUUUAUCGAUAUUAUUCGUAGUAUUUGUAGAAUCUGCUGGUGUUUGUUGGCUGUACGGCGUCGAAAAAUUUUCUCGCGAUGUCGAAUGCAUGCUUGGACACAGACCAGGAUUAUUUUGGAGAAUUUGUUGGACCUAUAUAAGUCCGACAUUUUUAUUGGUGAUCUUUGUGUUCUCUUUACUCGGCUAUGAAGAAAUGAUCGCUGGUGAAUACACGUAUCCAGAGUGGAGCAUAAAUGUAGGUUGGGUUCUAACAGCCUCUUCGAUACUUUGUAUUCCAGCGUAUAUGAUUUAUUUAUUCUGUAUCACACCAGGACCAUACCUACAACGUUUUGGCGUCAUGUUAAAACCAUCCGAAGAUUACAGUAUAACCGCAACCACCAAUAUUAUAACUACUACAACUACCACAACAACGAUGAUUAGUUCCAAAAACCCAGAAAGCUUAAAAGCACGAGCAGCUACAAUAAACUACGGAGCGACAUGCGUUUGACGACAGCAACAAUUGGAAUGGCUUGUGUAAAACAUGGCUAUUUCGAAAUUAAAAUCUUCGAUCUCUGUGUUGUAUACUUUAUACUUACUUACAUUAACUUAUUAACAAUGAAUAAUUUUCGUGUUCAUGUGUAACUAUGACUUUUAUGGUCAAAAAAAUCGCUACUCUUGUGCGUUUUACAUGACUGAAUAUUCAAAUAGUCUGCCAAAAAAGUUUAUCAUUUAUUUUUGCUAUAGAUUUUGGUAGUUAGAUGUUAGCUUUAAAAUACAUAAUAUUGUUAAAUAAUUUGUGAGUUACCUUCAAAAAUAUUUCUAUAAGUACUUAUGUAGCAUGUAAGCGUUUACCAAUAUUACCUACCAAAUAAUUUGGGGAUUUUUUUUUACAUAAUGUAAGCAUGUGUAAGCAUGUUUCUAAAAACAAGUGGGUAAAUAGGUGGGGGGGGCAUUGCUUUGUAUUUAUUUUUUGUUUUGAUUGCCAAUUUUAAUAUUGUGAAAUAAGUAGAUACUUACUUAAGAAUGCUUCCUAUAUGGUAGCUUUUAAAAUAGGUACGUAUAACGAGUUUUCAAUUAAUACAAGAUGAAGGAAGUAAUUUUUAUUAAAAAUCCAUUCUGGCCAUUUACCCACAUUGGACAACUCUUUUAUUUUUUUUCGGUUGUAAUUGUAAAAGAUAAAUAAAUAUCUAAGCAUUUUUUUUAGUGUUUUUGAAGGGAAAAUUUUUCCGUAAAAAUAUUUGUAGUUUUUAAAAACAUAAACUUGGCUUACAAUUUAUCUAGUCAUCUGGUUUAUUUGUUUUUUUGUCGUGUAAUUUCUUGGACAAAUUUACUUACCUAAUUUAAAAAAUAAUUUUUAUAUUAAGUUACACUAAAUUAAACUAUUUACCUGUUAUGACAGACAAUAAUAAAAAUAAGCGUAUUCUUAAAUUGUUUUGUGAAAAUAUGUACUUAUUGACUAAUGUAAGCAAUCGUUUUGCAAUAUUCAUUUUAUGUUUAGGCUUUUUACUUAUUUUUCAAGCUUAUUAUAGGUACUUACCUAUUAGAUAUAAUUUAUUUUUGAUUAUGCCAAGUUUUUAAAAACUUAAUUAGAUUGGCAGGUACUUUAGUACAUCGGUACCUAGAACUUGCUGAAACACAUCGAACCGAUUACCUACAAAAUAAAAAUAAAAAUCAGUUUUCAAUCUUGUACUCACAUAUCAUUGACGAGAGAAUGAUGCCAUAUCAUAUUUGUACGUGUGCAGAAUAAUAUUAUAAAUAAGCAUUGACCUACCUAGGUAAUCAAUUUUCAAUCGUAUAAUUUAAUUUUUAAAAUCUGAACUUUUAAAAAAUUAAGAUCAAUAAAGUGGAACAUAAUAUUAUUU